UGAGAACGAUGCACUUAAUACUGAUUGUAGUCGCGUUUGUUAUUGCCGUCGGUGUUGCUAUUAAAAGCCAUGGGUCGAAAAAAUAUAUGCGAAGUGUUAUCGCAAAUAUACCAGGGCCCCAUUGUAUACCCAUUCUAGGAUGCCUUUACGAUGUUUAUAAAUUAAAUCAGAAAGAUUUUUUCAAGCGUAUGGAAGAUUUUAUUGGGAAAUAUGGUCGCGUUAUAAGAAUGUGGGGCUUUAAUCGCUUGGCAAUUAUGAGUGCGGACAUUGAGUUAAAUGAGCAACUUUUGAUCAGUAAUGAUCAUAUAACCAAGAACCGCAACUAUGAAACUCUACACCAGUGGCUGGGUAAAGGUUUGCUUAUAAGCAAUGGCAAAAAAUGGCAUGCUCGUCGCAAGAUUAUAACACCAACAUUUCAUUUCAAGAUUUUGGAGCAAUUCGUAGAUGUUUUUGAACGGCAGUCUUCGUUGGUGUUGGAGAUUUUGAAAGAAAGGGCCGAUGGGAAGACAGUGUUUGAUAUAUACCCAUUCAUGUGCUUAUUGACUUUGGACAUAAUAGCAGAGUCUGCCAUGGGAACCAAAGUUAAUGCACAAAGUGGACAAGCAAUACCAUAUACUUCUGCUGUCAGAGAAAUGACUAUAAUGAUGGCAUGGCGAUUCCAACAACUUCAUUUGCACAAUGAAAUUCUGUUCAGCAUUCUACAGCCAAUUAAGAAAAUGAGACAAACCAAGCUGAUACAAAUUAUGCACCAGUUUACCCGCAAUGUUAUAGCAAAGAGACGCGAAGAGUUGAAGAAUAACAAAAGAAAUACUAAUGCGGCUUAUAAUGAGGACAAUACGUAUUCUGAAAUCGGUGCCAAAAGACGUAUGGCCCUGUUGGAUGUCUUACUUCAGGCUACAGUAAACGGCGAGCCCUUAACAGAUGAGGACAUACGAGAGGAAGUCGAUACUUUUAUGUUUGAGGGUCAUGAUACCACAGCUUCAGCUCUGAGUUUCAUUCUGCACUUGCUAAGUCGCCAUCCCAGGGUUCAACAUAAAUUAUUAAAUGAAAUACAACAAAUCUAUGGAGACUAUGAUGUCGUACCCUUUACACUAAUGAAUCUAAAUGAACUGAAAUACAUGGAAUGUGUGAUAAAAGAAGGCCUACGCUUGUGCCCUCCAGUGCCAAUUAUUGCUCGCGACAUGAUGGAGGAUUUCAAAUAUGAACAUUCUAGUUUGGGUCCUGGUGUCAUACCUGCCGGUACUGAAUUUUUCAUGCUUCUCUAUUUCAUGAUGAGGGAUCCCAAGCGUUUUGAGAACCCUAAUGAUUUUUGGCCCGAACGUCAUGAACAUGAUCUUGGAAGUUCUUUUGGUAGUUUUGUUCCUUUCAGCGCUGGUCCACGUAAUUGCAUAGGCCAGAAGUUUGCCAUGUAUGAGCUGAAGGUGGUGCUGGUGAAGAUUCUGCAACAAUACGAACUCUUACCUUUGGGAGAAGAUGUCAAACCUGUGCCGAAUCUAGUGCUACGUUCUGAAAACGGCAUGCAACUGGGUAUAAAGAUGAGAUCGUAAGGCGUUUUUUUUUAAGAAUUUCAUAUUUUAAAUAAAAACUGUCAAAUGUCAAACUA